CACACACAGUUUGAAUGAGGUUAUCCAUUUCAGAGAGAGAGUUUUAGAACUCUGUCUCGAGUUCGCUACAUGCUCUGUUAUGUAGGACAGAGAGGGUUAGUGCAUUAAUGUUUGUCUUCCUCCCAUUGGCAUGUUGUACAGAGCCCUGUGAAUAUUUCACAGACUAAUGCCUCCUUUCAUCGGUGAAACGGUAGUGGAUUAAUCGCGCCUGGCUGUCAGACAGAAACGACAUGUUCCAUUUGAUAAACAGAUUGAAGACUCUGCUCUCAUUUGGAGGAACGCGCACAAUAUGCCAACUGAUCAACAUGGAGAAGCCCUGCAUACUGGCCACUACCUUCGGAGCGCAUGGAGGCAUCUACAAAUGCUUUGCACCAGUUGUCGAGAAACACUUCACCAUUAUCCCAUACGAGACAUUCCUGCUAGACCAGAAGAAUCUGUCAGAACAGAUCAACGCAGUUUUUGUAUGGAGCAGUGCCCUGAAGGUUGACAGAGAUCUGAUGCAGUCUCUGCCUAACCUCAAGGUGGUGGUUAACGGAGGGGUGGGAGUGGACCAUCUGGACAUACCCAUGAUCAACAGCUUUGGGGUGAAGGUGUGCAACACCCCUCAUGUUGUUGACAACGCCACUGCCGACCUUGGGAUGGGUUUGAUGCUGGCGUCUGCAAGGAAGAUCGUCGAAGGUCACCAUUACUCCCUAACCCACAACAAUGAGGACUUGCCAGAGAGCUCCAUGGGUGUGGAUGUCAGCGGGGCCACCCUGGGCAUCAUCGGUAUGGGGAGGAUAGGAUACAAGGUGGCCAGGAGGGCCCAGCCAUUUGAUAUGAAGAUCCUCUAUCAUAACAGGAACCGCAGGAAAGAGGAAGAGAGAGCAGUGGGGGCGAUGUACUGUGCCAACAUGGAGGAUCUGCUCCAACAGUCAGACUUUGUGAUGGUGGUGGUGAACCUGUCACCUGCCACCCAGAAACUGAUCGGUGCCAAGGAACUAGCCAUGAUGAAACCCACCAGCACUCUCAUCAACAUCAGUAGAGGCCUCGUUGUAGACCAAGAUGCGUUGGUGGAAGCCCUCCAGAAGAAAGUGAUCCGAGCCGCUGCACUGGAUGUGACUUAUCCUGAACCCCUACCAAUAGGCCACCCCCUUGCUGCUCUUCCAAAUGUCAUCAUCCUGCCCCACAUAGGGACCCACUCUGUUGAGACGACGCAGAUAAUGGUGGAGAAGAUGGUGACCAACGCCCUGGCAGUACUAGGAGGGAACCAGCCUCCUGAUGAGGUCAAGGUGUAGGUCAGAGAAGUUUCCUCUAGGUACAGAUCUAGGAUCAGUUUUUAUUCCCACAAUCCUAACCUGAAGCAUUAGUGGGCGAAAUGCAAAAUUUAAAACCAAAAUUGGCAUCUAGGGGCAACUUCAACUUCCUCAGGAAUCGCCCUGGACCCUCCGUGCCAGUUUUAACUAGCUGCCAUGCCUUAGAGCAGCGGUGUCAAACAUAUGGCCCUGGCACACGAGGGGGUCCAAUCCGGCCCAUGGUGGUUUGAGUAGCCUCAAAUAUUUUGGAAACAUUCAUACAGUAUCUUGACUGUGUCCAGUUCGCUAAUAAUCCCCGAAAUUAAAGCUACACAGUCAGGGAGCAAAUUUCUAAAAUGAUGGAUAAAGGACAAUUUUUUCCUCUCACAUUUUGACGGCAAGGAAAUACAACACACUUUCAGUGCGGCCCUCCGGGGCCCUCGGGGUGCCCCCCUUCCAGCAUUGGGGAACAUCCCGCGCCACGUCUAUUUCUAUGGGCACAGACCCCCGCACUCCCCCUGCUGACCCCUCAGUUUGGGAACCAUUGUUGUAGAAGACCUGCCUUAGAGGGUCCUCACUUCCACGAUCACUGAUCUAGCAGAAUGUGAAAGGAAGGAAGACGAUGGGGUAAAUCUAUCCAGCGGGGAUGAAGGAAAGGAGAGGAGGAAAAUACGAUAUUUAGUAUUGAGACUUAGCCACCACAAUGCAGCAGAGAAGUCUUCACCACCCACAUUAAUAAGCACCUAAUCAUAGCUCCGUCCUGGAAAACUCUAUAUAAGUUAUGACAAUAUAGAUAAUAAAAUGUUGGAUAGAAAUUGAAUAUAUUGCUUCUCAAUGGUGAAUAUGCCUUCUCAGACAGUACGUGGAAAUGUACUGUAAUUUAUAUCACUUCAUAUUUAACUAAUUAUAACCACUGAUUAUAAAGGUUUAGAGCAUUAUGCAUACUGUAUUUCUAACUGCACAAUAAAUAACUUGACAAAUCUG